AUGGGUAGCCCCAAUAACAAGAUUUCCCAAAAAUGGAAGCAGUUGAGCGGGAAGGAUAAGUGGAAUAAAAUGCUGGACCCUCUCAAUAUUGAUCUCCGGCGAUACAUUAUCCACUACGGCCAAAUGGCUCAGGCGACAUACGAUGCCUUCAACUCAGAGAAGGAGUCGAAGUAUGCCGGAAGCUGCCGGUAUGGGAGGAGGGAUUUCUUCUCCAAGGUGGGUUUGGAGAUAGCUAAUCCAUACAAGUAUGUGGUGACCAAGUUCCUUUAUGCUACAUCCUCAGUGGAUGUAGCAGAUGCUUUUAUAUUGAAGUCCUUGUCAAGGGAGGCAUGGAGUAAGGAAUCCAAUUGGAUAGGUUAUGUUGCGGUGGCCACUGAUGAAGGGAAGGAAGCUUUGGGAAGGAGAGACAUAGUGGUUGCAUGGAGGGGAACAAGGCAGCCUUUGGAAUGGGCCAAUGACUUUGAAUUUCUAUUGGUCUCUGCUAAACCCAUAUUUGGGCCGGAUUCAGGCCAUGCUGAGGUGCAUGAGGGCUGGUACUCCGUGUAUACAUCUGAUGAUCCACACUCCUCUUACAAUAAGUCCAGUGCAAGAUCCCAGGUAUUGGAUGAGGUGAGAAGACUAGUGGAAAAAUUUAAAGAUGAAGAGAUCAGCAUUACUAUAACAGGUCACAGCUUGGGAGCAUCCCUUGCAACACUAAAUGCAGUAGACAUAGUUGCCAAUGUAGUGAACAAGCCCAAGGACCAGCCCUACAAUGCCUGCCUAGUGACGGCCUUCGUCUUUGCCAGCCCCCGUGUUGGAGACUCCCACUUUCGGAAGUUCUAUUCCAAAUUAGAUAACCUCCGCCUGUUGCGCGUCCGUAACAUCCCAGACAUUGUUCCCAAAGUCCCUCCAUUGGGCUACUCCGAAGUUGGACAGGAACUGGUAAUCGACACUCAGAAAUCUAAUUACCUGAAGAGACAUGGCAAUUUUUCAAGUUGGCAUAACUUGCAGGCCUACUUGCAUGGCAUUGCUGGCACACAAGGGGCCAAAGGAAGGUUUAAGUUGGAAAUAGAUCUUGAUAUUGCACUCUUGAACAAGUCCAAGGAUUUAUUGAAGGAUGAAUAUCUAGUGCCUACUUCAUGGUGGGUUGAGAAGAAUAAGGGAAUGGUUCAAGUUGCUGAUGGUUCUUGGAAGUUAAUGGAUCAUGAGGGACACAUGCAUAGCUGGUAUGAUGAGGAGCAAAGGCAUGGACUUAUUCCAUAUACUACACACUCCGAGUCUGAGACUCAACCAUCAGAUUCUACACAGACGCAACGUUAUGGGUUUUUUGAGUACUUACCUCCAUCAAUCUAUCCUCCUCUGCCCACCUAUGAACUAGAGCCUUACUAUUCAUCGAGCCACCAAUCAUAUGAAGUUAGCAGUCAAGGGAGCAACCAAUCGCAUGGAGGCAAUAGUCAAACUGCUGAGAGUAGCAUCACAUCUUUUUUCCAGCAGUUAUGGGAGCCCACUCCACUAGAGCCAUACAAUCAAUCUCAAUAUGCUUACUUGUCUGAAUUUAACUACCAACCGUAUGAAGUUAAUAGUCAAGAAAGCUACCAGUCACAUGGAGAUACUAGUCAAACCGCUGAGAGCAGCGAGAGUAGCAUCACAUCUUUCUUCCAGCAGUUUUGGGAGCCCAGUCCGGUAGAGUUCCAGCAAUAGUAUCCACACGGAUGGGAUGAUGAUGAUGACUCUGAUUAGUCAUCGACACGAUGGACCACAACAAUCGAUUCAGUCGGGGUUAAUAAGGUAUGUAUAAUUUUAGAGUGUAUGUCUUUUUUAAUUUAUGGUGCAAUUUUAACAGGUUUGUUAGUUGGUGAGAAAAAUAAAUUUGGACACUUGACAUUGCAACAGGAUUAUUGAUGAUGACAAUUGAGGGUAAUUGUAUUCUAUGUAGUUGAUCCCAUUAAGUUGGGAUAAGGUUUUGAAUAUUAUUGUUAUUGUACUCUUUCAAUACAACUUUUUCUCUAACG